CUUCAGCCACAAGCCGAUUCCACAUUCACAGAAUCACCGGUCGUUUCACAACCUUUUUCUUAUCAUCUUCUCUCUCUCUCUCUCUUUCUUUUUAUUCUCACUACUUAACUCAGUAUCUGUCAACUGAGAUACAUAGCAAAGAAGAGCAAAGGGAAAUGGCCAUGCCACCCACAAUCACCCUUAGCACUGCAAGGUCCCCACCUUCAUUAGCCUCAAUUGCCAACAAUGCUGGCUUGCGACCACAGUUCAACCCUUAUGCUUUAAAGUCAUCUUUCUUCUCUGGUUCCUUUAAUCUCUUACUUCAUCCAAAACAGCGCCUUCUUACUUCUGGAGCUCCCAGGAUUUCCAUGCGUGUGGCUUCCAAGCAAGCCUAUAUCUGUCGUGAUUGCGGGUAUAUUUAUAAUGAGAGGACCCCCUUUGAGAAAUUGCCUGAUAAGUUCUUCUGUCCUGUUUGUGGAGCUCCAAAACGAAGGUUUAGGCCCUACGCUACAGAUGUUUCAAGAAACGCAAAUGAUACAGAUGUUAGAAAGGCGCGAAAAGCCGGAAUCAAAAGAGAAGAAGCAAUUGGGGAAGCACUUCCAAUUGCAGCUGCCGUGGGAAUUGUAGUGCUCGCGGGAUUAUACUUAUAUCUGAACAACAAAUUUUAGGCUCGAUGUUUGGCUCAAUUACCCUUCAUGUCAGAAAAAAUGGAUCUCUAUAUUAUUCCUAGUCAUUUGCUUAUUUAGUUCAAUUUUCCCAUGGUUAUACUUGUAUCUUAUUCCUUUCUGUUAAAUUACCAACAUCAAUAGUAUCAUCAUUUUUUCUUCUUC